CAUCAACAGUCUUAGGUCCUUCGAAAUACUACGUAUGCUUUUUGAAACCGGAAGUCUAACCAGACAAAUUGUAUGCAGUUUUACUUUAAGCUGAUUAGCUAUCUGACGUAGAAAUAUGUUGUCAAUAUUUAACUCCAUUCCAACACACAUGGAUUAUAAAGGACAAAAGCUGGCGGAGCAGAUCUUCCAAGGAAUCAUACUUGCCUCAGCGGUGAUCGGAUUCGCUUAUGGCCUCAUCAUUGAACAGUUUGGGUGGACUGUGUACAUAGUGUUAGGAGGUUUUGCUGUGUCUUGUUUGCUGACCCUGCCCCCCUGGCCCAUGUACAGACAGAACCCCCUCUCCUGGCAGCCAGCCCUACCAGAGACUACAGGAGAAACCCUGCAAAAGCCUCAGGAGAAUCUGAAGAAGAAGAAGCACAAGUAAAUCAUGACUGUUUGUACCAGUUUGCCCAAGACACGUUUUGUGACUGAAAAUAACCGUAUGUCUGUACAAUAAAUCCUUGUUUAAAGGAACCCUUUGUUACAGGGUAUUAUGCCAAACAGUGGUGGAAUGUCAAUGUACAAUAAACAGAUUUGCUACCGUG